UGUGGAAUAAUUCAGAGCAGAUGUGGUUUAUCGUUGUUAUAUUUUGGGAACUUUUUUAAGUCACAGCCAAGACUUAAAACUACAAUGCCUGUUGCUUUUUCCUUGCUAGGAUAUUGAUCUUAUGUUAUUUUCUAAAUGUGUGGCACACACAGGGGGAAAAUCAUUUAUAAACUCUAAUAAAUAAAACCCUGACAGUUAUAUUCUCAACAAUUAGAACUGCACAAACUAAACCAUAGGAGAUUAAAUCAAAACCCACAUAUACAGUGUACCACAUGAAAACAACACUGACACCUCUACAAACACACCACAGAUGUAUAGAGCUCAUUGACUCACACAUGUAGGAAUAUGAACGAUUUGCAUGUUUUUCUUUACACCUGAACCUACAUGUCCUCACAUGUAGCCCGCUGACACAUCAGAACCAUCCAGCCUCAGCGUGACUGCAUAACAGAUGAGAGGAUCUCUGGGUCCAUUUGCGUCGCCAGUGCAUUGCAGCUUUAACCGGUCCAUCAUGCCUUGCGGUGUCCCAGUUCUGUUCCGAUGUAAUUUACAACAAGCUCCGUGAUCUCCCUCCCUCACUGAUGGGCAGAGCGGCAGGUCAACAGGCGGAGCGGUAGAUGUUGAAAAAGCCCCAUGUCGGAUGUCCGAUGACUUGGCCCGGACGCAUGUUUACAUCCACACGGGUUAUUACAGAGGCGGGGAGGGGGAGCGAUGAGAGCACACCGUUCACUCUGAUGCAGGCACGGAUCGGCGGCUGGGAAUAAACAGGAUCUCCCGUAAGUGGCCCGCAUAACAUGCAGCGGAAAGUACCGGAUUUUAUUCCAGGGAGAAAUACAGAGGCUACAGCACAGCAGGGGAGUUGGACAUGGUCUGACACACUGUGAUCUGCGGUUGAAAAGAGGAUGGACAAUAAAUCAUUAUUAGCACCCCUUUGUGGUGUGGAGGAAUGAGGGCCUCUGGAUGAAGGCCAUGGAGCUGAAAGUGUGGGUGGACGGAGUGCAGCGCAUCGUGUGCGGGGUCACGGAGUUCACCACAUGCCAGGAAGUGGUCAUUGCUUUGGCACAAGCCAUUGGUCGCACCGGAAGAUAUACUUUGAUCGAGAAAUGGCGGGAGACAGAACGUCACUUGGCUCCAAAUGAAAACCCAGUGGUCUCCCUCAACAAGUGGGGUCAGUAUGCCAGCGACGUGCAGCUCAUCCUCCAACGAACCGGCCCGUCCGUUAGCGAGCGGCCCACCUCUGACGGGCAGGCUCGCGUCCCAGAGCGUGGCCUCUACCGCCAGAGCCUGCCACCUCUGGCCAAGCUCCGCCCGUCAGGGACAGACCGCUCGCUCAAACGAAGGGAACCCAAACGGAAGUCUCUGACCUUCACUGGGGGGGCCAAGGGUCUGCGGGACAUAUUUGGAAAAAGCAGAGAUGCUGAAGCCAAACAGCCGCAGCAGCACAGUGUGAGCCUGAACCUGAGCAGAGUUGGAGGUGGUGGAGUAGCAUCUGUACCUGGGAGUCCAGCCAGAGAGCUGAGCCGCCUGGUGCAGCUGCAGAGAGACAAACUCCAGGCCCUGGAGAGCCGUCUGCUGGGCUGUGAGGCUGAGCUGGGAGAAUGGGAGGAGGCCGCCGGCGAAGCCAAUGAAAGAGAAAAUCUGGAGGAGGAGCUGCUGCUUUUAGAGCAGCAGGUGAGGAGGAACGAUGCUGAGAUGGAGGAGGAGGAAUUCUGGCACAACGAGCUGCAGAUCGAGCAGGAGAGCGAGCGGCAACUCCGGCAGCAGCUCGUCGAACUGCAGGCCCGUGUGCGCGACUGCGAGGCCAAGCUUUCAGAGUACUUAGCACGCAUACAGAGCAUGGAGACGGGUCUGGAGCAGGAGCGACUGCAGCAGGAGGCCGAGCUCAACCAGAAGAUCAAUGAGGAGGAGGUGCAGGCCCAGCUGGAGAAAGUGAGGGCAGAGCUGGAAAUGCAGAGCCAACAAACAGCGCGGCUGGAGAGCAGCUGCAGGGCGUUGGAACGCUCACUUGGCCAAUCAGGGAAGAGAUUACAGGAAAAGGAGCAGGAGCUGGAGCAGCUGACAAAAGAGCUACGACAGGUCAACCUGCAGCAGUUCAUUCAGCAGACUGGUACCAAGGUCACUGUGCUGCCUGCUCAACCUACAGAGAACAACAAUGAAGUGGAGUCUGGUUCUCUGACAAGACGUGGCUCCUCACGUCUCUUACCCAGCGACCUCCGCGCUCUUCAGACCACCAUUUCCUCCAGCCUCAACCCCGAGGGCAUCUACGUUUGACCCAGGAAACGUUAUUUGGGCAGUAGGGCAGCCUGAUGUUAUAGGACUGUUUUCUAUAACUUGGAAGGCCCACACACUGUUAAAAUGCUCCUGAGUAAUGCACUGAAACAAACCCAGCUCCAGGAACAUCCCAACUGUGGAGGAUGUAGGGGAAAAAUCAUCACAUGUAGGAUCAGUGGAGUAUCAUGAAAGACAAGUUUGGUCUGUUUUGCAUCUUUUUUUGCACUGCCUCCUCAACCAUCUUAGCAGGACUGAUGCUCAAACUGAUGUCAAUAUCCAUUUGCAAACAAACAUUGACUGUACUCUAAUGGAUGAGUGAAGAUUCCUCUUCAAAAACUACAAGCCAGCAGACGUAUUCUUGUCAAGUGAGGAGGCAUGAGGCGAACAGUGAGGAUAACCUUUAUUUUUAUGUUGUAAAUCAUGAACUGGAGAGAAUUUUCAGGAUGCAAAGUUUGGACACAUGUAAACAUAUGCAUAGACAAAGAAAUAAUUCAUGCACGAGCAUGCACAAGCAGCGACACCACACCUGUGCUAUAACCAUAGCCAUAUCUGAUUGCCUUACUCUGGUGUUUCGAAACCAGACGUCAACAAGUGUAAUGUUAAAAAAAAAAAACUCAAGGUAGCUACUGAACUCUAUGCGCCAUAUAAAUUUACUAUUAGCACCAAGUCAGGUGAUCCCUAGUCAUGGUGACUGAUGUCAGUAUAAUAUAAAGUUUUUUUUUCCGACAUGAGGUUGAACUUUUACUUUGAUUUGAACAGGAAAUUUCCCUAUAUUUCCUGUUUUGGGCCAUUUUUUAGCCAUGAAAAAACAAAUAAACUUUAUAUUAAAGAAAUAGAGGUGAAAAUGGAUAAAAUUGGGGCACAAAGUUAUAUCAUCAACUAUUUGACAUUUUUUGGCUCAUUUUUGGUUUUCAUUUUGUGAGAGCCAUUAAUAUCCUCUUUGUUUUUCUUUCUCCAAAAACAAAAAUGUGAAUGGAGCUAUGAGUAAUGACAGAGGCCUUUUAGCCUGCAGUUAAAAUCCAGCCUGAAAAAUUUGCCAACAAGGACUCUGUACUCAGUUUCACCACUGGGUGGUGGCAAAACAUCUAUUAUUCAGCCAGCUGAAAGUUAACUGAGUGAAAGUUGGUCCUGCCCUCAGUUCACAUUAUGUCUUUGUUCAUUCAUUUCCAUAUUGUUUUGUAACAAAGCCUCGGCACUUUAGUUUUCAGUGUAUUACCUGAGGUGCCACUUACAAUAUUGGCCAAGUGUUUGACAUGUUUCACUGUGUUCAUUAGGCAGACACACACACACACACACACACACACACACACACACACACACACACACACACACACACUUCCAAAACAGGCUGUAUUCAUUUGUUCCAUCUGAUUAACUAACAUUUUAUUGACCUAAAGAUGUCUCAUAUGAACCAAAGCUAGUGUGACAAAACAUUAAUAGUUACAUGAAUGUACUUUUUUUAAUGUAUGCAGCUUAUGCCGACGAAGUCUACCAACCUGAGUAACUCGUGAAUAACUCUGCAAAUUGUAAAUGUGUAUAAAAUAUUUGCAGUUGCAAAAGGAAAAAAUCUCAAUAGCGACAUGCACACAACCGCCCAAAGUGGGGCUAAAAAUUUCACUCUUAAAUGUGUGUGUGCAUGUGUUACAUCAGUGCCAUACACAAUGUUGGGAACUAUGAGUUUCACACCCGGUUUUUCUGCUUUGAAUCUGCACUCAAAUGUUCACAAAAGCAGUCCUCUUGUCUGUUUGCGACCUCUCUGUUGAAGUACAAUCUUAACUACCCAUUCCCUAACUUGAAUUUCUCAUACAGGUUUUUCAGAGCGACAUACGCGCACCGGCUUUGAAAAUUUAUUUCUGAUCAUUUCCUGAGCUCCAAAUCUUACUGACCUUUUAUUUGAGCACAGAGGAAGAGGCUCAUGUUUAUUCUGUGAGCACAUAAUAACAAAGUGAAUUCCUCCCUCCAAGUGUGAAGGAUGUUGCUUCGUUGUUUGCUCUGCAGUGCAAAGGUAACCGGAGGAAUUCACAUCACAACUUGGCAAAAUCUCUCUUGAAUAAUGGCAUGCCUUACUGAAAAAAAAAAAAAAAAAAAAAUUGUAAAUAAUGUCUACAUAUCACAUCAGUUUAUGGACUAUUUUUUAAAGUAGAUUGAAGUUUGAAAUUAUGCAGAGUGUUAGAGAGGUUAGAUUUUAAUGCUGCCAUUCAAUAGGCAGCUCUGUGUGCAUGCAACAAUGUGUGAUUGGUUUCUUUGGACUCUCUAAUUAGUGGCUGCCAAGGAUGUAACAAUUCAUCAGAGAUUCAUUUGGUUUUCAGUUUGUCUUGUCCCUUUUUGCCUUGUUGACAUUUACACUCAUGGAGAUAGUUAAAGAGCAGGCAGUUCAGCAGGCAGUUAACUAGCAAAGAAAUGGCAAAACGUGCACAUUAUUUUCUGAACUUUUCAUUUAAUUUUGGCAAAAAUAACAUUUAUGGUUAUAAAGAAAAAUCCAUGUUGCUUUGGAACAUAACAAUAGGUUUACCAAGAUUGCAGGUUGUAUCUUUAUUGUUUGUUUUUUGUUUUUCUCCUUAGAAGCUUAGACACAUUGCCAAUGAUUGGUCGUCUGUUGUGCCAUCAGUGGUGCUUUUCAAUAAAAGUGCAUAUACAAAUGAGAUGAUGGAGCCAUUAUGGAAACAGCCAUCGAGUGGUUUUGAAAGCUAUUUUAGAAACGCCACGGCUCAGGGAUAUUUCAAGACACAGAAUUACCCAGACAAAGAAUGGGCAGAAAGUAAUUAGGGAUAAAAGCUGUUCAUGGUGUCUCGCGCCAUUUGACGAGUUAAAUCGUAUAUUUGCUCUCAUGGAGACUUUAGCAGCUAUUCGACAAGUUUAACUUGUAGCACUGGCUCCAAGACACAACGUCACAAAUGUAUCCGAAGUAAUGAUUUUGGUACUGAAGGAGAUGUAGAGAGAAGUGUGUCUGUUGGCUCAUGAUUCAUGUUGCAGCUAUAGUCCCAGUUUGUAACUCUCAUGUAUUAUGACACAUGGGAGUUACACUAGAGUAGUAUACAUGAAAGGCAUAACCCGGGGCUAGUUGAGGACAUUGGGUUUGCAGUGUAAUGCUGUUCCUUGAAACACCCCUCAAAGUGUGUUUACAUGCAUACAACGCUUCACUGUAAACAUCAUGCUGGCCAGAUGAAGUGUGCUUGGCCAACAUCACUAACCUGCAUUAAGAUACAUUAUCAUAUAUUAAAAAAGUUGUUAUGAUUUUGUAUUGUUUACUUGCAAAUUCACCUACUGUAUUUUUUAGCUUUCAGAAUUUACCUUUUUUUCUCUCUGGGUUUAUCAUAUAGCCAAUACGUAUAAAAGACAUGGAAAUAACAUUCAAGAAUAAUGUAAAAUAUAUAAAUAAAAUAUAUUUAAAAACAUACAGAAAUGACAGAAAUGAAUAAACUGCUAUACAGAAUGCUGUGUA